AUGAAAACACCAUUUUGUAUAAGACUUUAGAUUUUAGGAAUCUAACCAAAUGAUGAAACAGAAUAUUUUGAAAAUCCUGAUUCCUUUGAACUUAGUUAAAAGGUGUUUCCUUUGAAUAACAAUGGACAAAGUUUAGGAAUAUAUUUGAAUAGAUUAGAAUAUUAUAUUAAAAAGAAUUAUGUACAAGAAGGAAAGUUGGUGAAAGGAAAAUUGAUUUACAGUAAGUGAGUGCUUAAUAUUUAGCUUUUUACAAUUAUAAUACAUAAUAAUUUGUGGACAUUUUUGAUUUACUGUGUACAGAUAAUAAUUUCAUUAAACUUGAUGGACAAUUUUUAUUCAAAGAUGAGAAUUCACUUUCACCAUUAAUUAUUAGAUUAAAGGUGCAAAUUUAUUAUCAAGAAUUUAUUAGAUUCCAACAUUUUUUAGAGAAUCUUGAGUUAGAGAAAAAGAAUUUAUACAAUAAUAUUGAAAAAGCAAAAGUUGAAUUAAAUAAUAAUAAUGAAAAUUUGAUUAAUUUUAAAAUGAGAGUUAAUCAACUUAAGUAAUGUUAUUAAAUAUAACCUUAAUAUCCAGAGAUUGACAUUGCUAUUUUAUAUAGUCAUCCUUUAGUAAAUUAAGAUGAGAAACGUGUUAAUCCUGUUUAAUAUUAUGAUGAUAUAUCUAAUUUUAAAAAGAAAAUAUCUGCUCUAAAUAAAAAGGUUACAUAUCUUAUUACAUAAGCUACAAAAGAAAAUUUAAGAUGGGUUCUUAAAUAUAAUCCAAAAAUUAUUCAUAUUAUUGCUCAUGGUGAAAAUGAUACAAAUAAACUUAAUUAAUAUUUAUAAUUUGAGAAUAAUUGUACAGAUGAUUUCGUUUAUAGAGAAGAUUUAUAAUAAAUAAUGAAAGAUUCUAAAAAAUCAUUAGUAUUUCUUGCUUGUUGUUAUGCUGGAGAAAUAGCUAAAAAUAUCUAAUAAUAUGCAACUACAAUUGCAGUAGAUAAAGAAUUAAAAAUGUUAGAUGAUGCAGGUAUUUAUUAUUUUUAGUCUCUUUAUGAAAAUUUAUUAUAAAAGAAAACUUUAUAGGAGAGUCAUGAAGAAGCUAAAAAAAAUGUAGUAGUUUAACUUGGAGAUAAGAAUUUUUAAUGUUGUCAUUGUCAUUCUCAUAGAGAGGCUUGUAAAGAGAUAUUUGGUAAAUAAAGUGAUUUAUGUUUUAAACAUAAAUCUAUAUGUAAAUGUGAAGAAUAAGAUAAAAUUAAAGAUAAAUUAUCACAUAUAUGGGGAUAAGGUUAAAAUGAAAAAUGUAAAGAAGUUUGUGAAGCUAUUUUAAAUUAAAUAGAAGAAUAAUCAUAUAAAGAACUUAUUAAAAAGAAAUUAGAUGAAUUAGCAGAAGAUGGAAUUCUAAGAGUUUGUUGUUGUGAAUUGGCAGAAAAAUUUAAAGAUGAUAAUUAUACUUUCAUUUAACAUACUGAAUCAGAAAAAUUUUAAAUAUUUUCAUAAAAUUCUAAUUAAUCAUAAAUAUUUAAUCAUGUUGAAAAUGGUAAUCUAAUUGAAAUUAAUAAAUUAUCUUGGGAAGAAUAAUAUAUUAUUGCUUGGAAAAAGGAUGCUAAAAUAAUAUUUCAUAAAUUAUCUGAAAGUUUCUUUUAAAAGAAAAGAUAAAUUAUAAAAAUAUGUGCUGGAAAUCCAAAAGGAGAAAGGUUUGUAAUUAAAUUUGCAGUUUAAGUAUCAAAAUAUUUUAAAGUAUUAUAUUUAUAUAUUAAAUAUUAUAGUUUAGAAAAUUAAAAUUUUACAAAAGAAAUGAACUUGAUGAUAUUCAAAUACUUUAAGAUAAAUUAGAAAAUAUUUAAUAAUUAUUAUAAUAAUAAUAUGAAUAAAGGAUAUGUUACAUAUUUAUUAUCUAUCAAUUAAAUAAAGAACUUAUAUUGAAGAAUAAAGAUUAAUUGAAAUAAUUAAAUCAUAAAGGAAUAGUAAUUCUUAUUUCAAAUUAAGAAUUAUUUAAAUUAGAUCUAGAUUCUAAUUACUCUAAAAUAAUAUUAAAAGAUUGGUAAUAUAAUUGUGAUGAAAAAGAAAAAUGUGAUUAUUUUAAAAUUAUUAAUGAAUAUGGUUAUGAAAUAAGAUAAAAGAUAUUAGAAUAAUUAGGAGAAAAUAAUUUAAAAAAAUUAAAAUUCAAUGAAUUACUAGAUGAAAUUGAAAUUAUCCUUAAUUAAUAUCCAGAAUAAAUUGUUUAGAAUUGA